AUGAUUCCAAGUGGAUUAAAAUUAAAAAAAAUGCGUGUUACGGAGUACAGUGCCGUUCACGGGACAUCGCUUCGCGGGCCACCAGCUCGCCACGUGUGGCAUUACAAGUCAGCAGAUUGGGAUGAGAUACGCGGCGUGGAAACGUACAUACAUGAAGUUGGUAUCCGUCGUUUGGACUGGCCAGCUCAAAGUCCUAACGUCAAUCCAAUUGAGCACGUCUGGGAUGUUCUAAAGAGACGAGGAAGAUCAGUGCAACCUUUUCCACGAAACAUCAGGGAGCUUAAAAGAGUCAUUGUAGAAGAGUUACGUUUUCCUCAAAACAUCGUGGAAAGCAUUCCCAGAAGGAUUCAAGCUGUGAUUAUGGCAAAAGGAAGUCACACAUGA